AUGACACUGGACGAGCCCAGUCGCUGGGAUCUUCUACGCGAUGCCGUGGCCCGCAUUGCCAGUAUCACGACGCGCGCGUUGCCCCAUCCAUACGGCGUCGAUCUGCGGUUCAUCAAUGCGCUUCUACAGGCACAGGACAACAUUCCCGCCGCCAAUGUGCUCAACGUACUCAACAGAAUGGAACCAAACGGCGGGACAGCACUAGGCGCCACUUUACGCAAUCACAUCCUAAAGCCAUUGGUCUACGAUAUCCUAGGUAGUCAGAUCCACAGCCGCCGCCUUCUUGAACGGCCCCUUUUGAUUUGCGUUAUCACCGACGGCUGUCCGGACCACGACGACGACCCGACCUUCGAGGGAGCCAUCCAGGAAUGUCGACAACGUCUGGUCAACGCGGGUUACGAGCCGACCGCUGUUCGAUUCUGUGUCAACCAGAUCGGUGGUGACGGCGGCUCUACGAGGUUCCUCGACGCUCUCAGGAGCAAUGCAAGCAUCCAAGACGUGGUCUAUUGCACCACGGAGCGGCUGGACCUGAAGUUCAGGCAAUUCAGGGAGAAUGGGCGGCUGCUGGAUGAAUGGCUCCUCCACAUGCUCUCUAACCCUAUCAUGCACCGCGUUGGAAAUUGA